AUUUUGGCACCUUACGGUAGUUAUGUUAGAAGAAGAAAGAGGGAAAAGGCGUGGGCAGUAAAGCGUAAAAUACGUAGGAAGAGGAAGGCAAUCACCCACAAAACACAAAUAAUUAGUUCAGAGAACGCUUCAACGGCAUUGUUUCCCGGUUCUCAGGUUCUCUCAUGUCUUGUUGUAAUUGAGGAGCGAUUUUGAUUUUUAUUACAAUUUUUUUUUUUGAAUUUGGAGACAAAAAAGUUUUGUUGUUUGUUCGUUUUUUGUUGAUCAAAAGGGAAAAAUAGAGAGGGGGUUGUUGUUUGAAGAGGAGAUCGUGAUUGUAGAACAAAAAUGAGUGCUUCGAGGUUCAUAAAAUGUGUUACAGUUGGUGAUGGUGCCGUUGGUAAAACUUGCUUGUUGAUUUCCUACACCAGCAACACCUUCCCUACGGAUUAUGUGCCCACUGUCUUCGACAACUUCAGUGCAAAUGUCGUCGUUAACGGGGCAACAGUUAACCUGGGGUUAUGGGAUACUGCAGGACAAGAGGACUACAACAGAUUAAGACCUUUGAGUUAUCGUGGUGCAGAUGUUUUCAUUCUUGCUUUCUCCCUCAUUAGCAAGGCUAGUUAUGAAAAUGUGUCUAAGAAGUGGAUUCCCGAGUUGAAGCAUUAUGCUCCUGGUGUCCCCAUUGUUCUUGUUGGAACAAAGCUCGAUCUUCGGGAUGACAAGCAGUUUUUCAUAGACCACCCUGGCGCUGUUCCAAUUACUACAGCUCAGGGUGAGGAAUUGAGGAAGCUGAUUGGUGCUCCUGCUUACAUCGAAUGUAGUUCAAAAACACAGCAGAAUGUGAAGGCAGUUUUUGAUGCAGCCAUUAAGGUUGUUCUUCAACCACCAAAGACAAAGAAAAAGAAGUCAAAGGCACAGAAGGCUUGCUCCAUAUUGUAAUUGUGACAAAGUUGUAAAGAGAAACAAGCCAGCCCUAGUUGGAGCAUUCCGUCACGCGUGCAACUUUUUUCUUUCACAAAAUCAAGCUUUUGAGGAAGCAGGCAGGCAGGCCUUUUUUUAGCGUAUGAUUUCUUACUGAUUGAUUGUACUUUAGGUUCUCUUGUGAGUUGCUUUCUGGCAUUACAUUUGGUUACCCAACCCCACCAUCUAAUUCGUGGUUUUGGUUAAGUCUUUAUGUAUUAAAUAUAAGGUACCAGUUUAGGAAAGGACCCAAUUUUAUCCCCUUAACCUAGCAGAGCAGUUAAAUUCAUUUCUUCACAACUACUUGUUUUGAAGAUAAUUGCCUCUGGCUACAUUUUUUAUGUUUCUUUUUGGUUUUUGUAGUGAAAAGUUAAAUAUGUCGCUCUUUUUGAUACUA